AUGGAUAGUGAGCCCCCCUCCCAUGGUCGUUUGAUCGAUUUGGUGGACAACGAGUGGAUCGCAGACGAGCUCCCCUUCGAUCACAUUCUAGUGCCUUCCGAUAAGUUGCCCGAUCCGGAGGCGGACAAUGGCGAUUCGCACAUGACGCUGAAAGAGCAGGAACAGAAAUGGACCGAUUUGGCACUAGCUUCGCUGGCCCCGGAUCUGGCCGUCACUGAACAAGUGAACUUCCCUGGUGUCUAG